GCACCUCCUCAGGCCGCCCCGGACGGGGGCUGGCGGGCGGCAUGGCCGUCCGCUCUGUGUGAGGGAGCCCGAAGCGGAGGGGAAGGAGGUGAUGUCGCUGCUCCAGGUGGUGCCCCGGAGAGUUCGACCCACGAGCAGGGAAGCCGGCGGGAGGCCCCGCAGCCUCGGCCCCUCUGGCCCGCAGGCUCGGCCGGCUGCUGGCCAACACGGCUUGUCUCUGCGGGCAGGCGGCCGGGGCUCGCCCCAGGACAACGAUAAACGUCGUCCGAGCUUAAUUUCCCAGAAAAGUUGUUCUGUUUUUCUUAUUAGUUGGCAGUAAUGGUCAAACGUCGAGGUGUUUUUUGUUUUUUUUUUUUCCUUCGUAUGGUAAUUGCACAAAUUAAAGGGUUUUUUUUACUACAAUAAUUCCUAAAUACCCCUUUAAAUUUUAAAAUGAAGUCAAUUUUAAUGUAAAGUCUGCCUGUUUUUUUAUGUUAUUGAAUAAUGAAGAAACCAUGCCUACUUAGUCAAGGGUGUUACUUUUUUAUUGCUGCCCUGAUAUAUCUAGACUCUGAAUUAUUAUGAAAGUAAAUCAACUUUUUGGGGUGGCAAAAGCAAACUAUUAAUUGAUAGGUCUGUGUUACUCUGUGGGAUCUGUGCUUUCGAAUGGUGCCUUCUGCGCCGAGUUUGUGCAGCUCCUAGCACAAGUAGGCUGUGGUCAUCGAUAGGAGUUCUGGGGACAUGGAGUAAUUACAGUGAUUACUAAAUUGAAAGAACUACUCCUCUAACAACGUACAGAUUCAGUGGGCCCAGUGUUUAAGUUCUGUUGUUGUGAAUUGCCACUGACUACCAGAGGAAUUUGCUCCUCAGGUUAUGAGGACGCAGUGCAGAAUCCCUAGUAUUUUGAUAGUGAAAAAUGAUACGCAGACAUGCUAAAAAUUUGCAUCUGUUUUUAAAGAUAAAAGAGACUCUGCCUGUUAGGUUUGCAACACGUGGACAUAUUUAGAUAGAUAUCCUGGAACCUGGGGGUUGUAUUUAUUUACAGUUAGAUGUUAAAUCUUUCCUUAUCCUUCCAGUCAUGCGAUACUUCUGAAAUUUCAGUUCUGCACUAACAUACUUACAGAGUCUGAAAAGUGCAACUCUUAAUAUGCAAGAAAUGUCAGCUUGCACGAAACAAUCUGUAGAGAAUACCCCUGUUCUUAAAAAUAUCAUCCUCUGCAUGGCAGGAAAGAGAAAGACACAUGGGCCGAUGGAGUUCGUUUACGUACACCUCUCCAAAGCUUCAAUGCAGCCUAUUUUCCACAAAUGGAGUGACUAUGAGAGAAACCUUUUAAUUUUCUUUCUCUCUUACAGCCUUAGUAACUAAAGAAGAAAACAAGGAUACCAGAUACACAUUUUUGGAUGUAUGCUGGUUGAGAAUGAGGCCUAGAGAGGAAGAUAAAUCAGAUGGGGAGGGGAGGUUUGAAUAUGACUGAUGGUGAAUUAUAAUUGCCUACAAGAGGUUAUUUUUAUCAGAUCAAGUCUCCGUCUAACAUUAAGUCCUCAACCUGAGGAAUUUUAGUACUACAGCCUCUAAAAUCUCUGUCCAGUUGCAAGUCGUAUAAGGAUGUCUUGAUGAGUAAUUAAGAUCCAGUAGAAGGCACCAUCUUGGAUUCUGUGGUAGCGUCCUCUGACUUCUCUUGUUUGACAUCUCCACAGAUAAUUUACACAGAAUACAAUACAAUCUUGCUCAGUGCUUGCAGGUAUUCAUCUUUAUGUUUAUUUAUGUGCUGUUUUGAUUUAAUUUAGUUGCAGUAUCAUUUGAUCCUGGUCAAUAGUUCAACCCACUUAACUAGCAAGCAGGGGAAUAAAUGAAACAUUUUGACUAAGUCUUUCUCAGUCAAGUGGGCUGUCUGGCAAGCCAAGACUGUAAUAUAUAGAUUUUGUGGCUAUUUACAGACUCACACACUAGAAAACAGGGUGUCAUGCUUCUCAGUUUCAUUACAUAAUUCAGACAGUAUCACAUCCAGAUGAUGAGAUUACACCUGUGUUUUUAUCUGAGUGAAAAAUGCAGUUUUUUGGCUCCUGCUCUUAUGUUUUCCCAUAAAAAUAAAUAGCUUACACCAGAAAAUUGAGGGGUUUUGCUAUAUUGCAUAAAGAAAUAUUUAAACAUGCAUGUCUGAGUAUAUGCCUAUGCACUUAUGUCAUCAUAGCUUUUGCCUCCAGUCAUGUCCUGUCUCCUUCGCAGUACAGUAUACCAGGAAUAACUUAUUGAGAGCUGAUGGUUCCAGGUCUGGCUUGUUUGUCACUGAGAGGAAGAGUUUUCCUAGAUGCAGUGUAGGCUCAACUUCUGCUAUUAUUUAAAUGUCAAAAUAUUUUAAAUAAACAAACUCAUUUGCAUUAUUUAUGUGUGAAUAUUAGCAUUUAUUUCACAAGCAUGUGUAUAGAUCCACAUACACAGCCACGCUUUGUUAAACAUGUAAAAAAAUCAUCAUAGUUCUCGAUGAUGAACUGCUGUGGUUUUGCACUGGUGCAGUGGGUAUCUGAAUCUGCCCAGGAGAUCUGCCUGAAGAGUUCUUCACUGUUCACUGGUACAUUGCUGAUAUGAUGAUCAGUAAGUGAGCGGGGCCAUUUUUAUUGCCUGUGACUGAUUCGGCCAAGGUUGUGUCCUGUUGGACCCUGAAAAUGUUUGCCUUCUAAGGUGAAACACUGAGUUCCUUUUAUGUCCUCUUAUUUCUGAAGGACGUAAUUGUGUCACUCUUGGUUUAGUCAGAAGGUUAAGGGAUCAUUUCUGAGGCCCUGUCAUGGGUGGUUCAUGACAGUCAACUUGUGGGUGGUGCUUGUUAACCUUUACCUCUUUGGUAGGACACACCUUUCAGUGCCAUGGCUGAACUAGUGGUGCCAGGUCUCAUGGCUGUAGAAAUGUGACCAACAAGUCAAUCCAUGAACAGACUACCUGUGUAAAUAGAUUAUGUAAAUGAAAGCAUAAAAAACACUUGCAUAAGGCCAAUGCUCGUAUUGUUGCUUGACCAUGACUUUUCUGGUGUCAAGCACAAAAUCAUCUUGCCCUUAUCUCACAGUUUUCUCAUCAGUGCCCCAGAGCUGAGAAAUGACACCAAACUGCUCAGCACAUCUUGUGUUACCGUGUGAACUGCCCUGUCUUUUGUGGAUAAAAUGAAAACUCUUAUUUUGGAUCAAACCCUGACUUCAAUAAAAGUGGAGAAUGGCAAGUUGUUAGUGAUCCUUUUUUCAUGAGACCAGGAUUUUACCAUCAGCUGUAGACUGGAUUUGUACUGCUGAAAUAAAGUUCCUUGUGACUGGCUCAGCCCAUCGCUGUAAACCUCCAGCAUGCGAGGUUUGCUUUCCUUUGGAUAUAGUGACACUAGCUGAGAAUAUUGGAGAAACUGUCUGCAUGCAAACAGCCUCCAGAUACUUGAGGCAGAGAAGAUAUAAAACAAAAGGCACUCUCACAGAAAUGAUUGUUACGUUGCCAGAUGGUACCAGGUAAUUUGGAAAGAAAGAGUGAAGAUAUAUUGUCUACCCCAGGUGUUUUCAUUGUGAUUUGAAUAUAGAAUGUGUGAAGUCUUAGGUACAAGUGUUGGAUGGCUUAGAGCUGUGGUUUUAGGUGUUGGUUUUGGUUGGGUGGUGGUUUCAUCUGAGAAAGGAACUUGCUGGGUUCCUGAGGGCAUCUUAGUUCCAGCAGAGUUUGUGGGCUUGGAGCCUGGACUGUGCCUUACAUGUACUGUAUGCUGCUUUCUCCAAUGACAUCGCUUUAUCUGGGUUUGGAACUGCUUGUUAAGAUACGAGAAACUUGCAUUUCAUUUCAGUUUGUGUAUGUCAUUUUUUCAUUUUUUAUUUUUUAAUGAGGUCUGAUACCUUCUUGUGUCAAGUGGUAUAAUUUACUUUCAGAUUUUUUUUUUUUUAUUCAGCAUAUAGAUACAAGAAAACAAUAUUUACAAGAGGUCUGCAGAGUUCUAGUGUGUUUCAUUUGGUGUAACCUGCCUGUCCUAUGUAUCUGGUCUUCCACCUGAAGCCCAGUAACACUGUAUUGAAGUGGGUUAUCACUGAUAACUGGAUUUUUUCUUUUCACUUUCCCACUUGUACUCUUGUACCUGAUGGGUUGAUGAGCUAUUUUAUUUCUUUUUUUUUUAGUACUACAAACAAAAUAAAAAAGGAAGAGGAAGAAACUCAGAUCAACCAAAGAUUAUGACAUGAUUUUAGAAUGCAUAACCUUGGGCAAAAAGGGCCACUUAUUGGAGUAAUUCUUGAGUAACCUAAUUGUUUGAUAAGGAUCCUUGCCUGUUUAAGAUGUUGUUGGUUGUUGGAAACAAUCCAUUUCUAAAUUUGUGCCUUACUGCAUACCCUGAGGUAUGUGUACAACCCACUCUAAUUGCAGAGUUUAUUAUUUUAUUAAUGAGAGCUAUGAUAAUGUGUUUGCUCAUGAAUUCCCUCCAGUCCAGGUACGGUCUCCUAAUUGCCCAGGGUGCUGCAAUUCCAUCAUUUGUUCUGGGGAUGGUGACGGAGAGCAAAAGCAAAGCCUUCAUAAACACGGUUUAAAGAACUUAGACCUUGCCCUAAAGCCCGUAUUUGGUGUGAUAUUGCAAGCAAAGGCUGGAAAGGUAGGAUGCCUUUUUAACACACACACACAUACACGUAAUGAAUAAUAAUAGAAGCGGCAGAAGUAAAUUCUUACUACAUCAUCUUGAGUACCCGAGACUUUGCCAGCUGGAAGGAGAGGCCUGUGCACCUUAAUUGGCCUUCCUAACCAUAACAGAGCACCCCUUAGUGCUUCUUUGAUCCGGGUCUCUCCUGCCUGCUUCUCUGCCCGAGCGGCUGGAAGACUUGCACUUCACUUGCUGCAAGGCACACAACAGUGAGCAAGCAUCUGGCAUGCAACAGCAGCUCCUGUUUUUAAUGAGCCUCCUGGGUAGCAGGCAUACCAGGGUGCCCAUUCCCAUGUUCCGGAAACUAUUUCUGUGUGCAGAUAGGAGAUCAGUAGCACAAGAGCAGGGAACAGCAUCAGUGGAGGUGUGGUCUGUGGAAAAGUCGGGGAAAUCCAGUUUACUGUGUCUGUAACUCUGGAGACAGAGCUUUCCCGUCAAAAGCCAUGGCGCAACACCACAACCUCAAACACCCAGCACUUGCUCCUCAGUGCUGCCCGGCUCUAUAGGGACACUGUGAACCCCUGACCCUGGGCUUGCAGAAUCUGGGCAGCUCUCUGAGGACGUCGGGGAAACGGUUCUCCGUGGCUUCCAAAACUGCUCACUACAGCGCUUGGCUCUUCUACAAGGGCUUUUCAUAGCUGUAGCCCCUGUGGCUUGCUGCAGCAUGGUUUUCUGGUGGAACAGAUGGUAUAUUACGUAGAAACUUUAUUUUUGUAUCACUGAUUUUUUUUUUUUUAUUUAUUUCACUGCUUGUCUUCCUUUUUUUUUCUUUUUCUUUUCUUUUUUUCUUUUUUUUUUAAGGUGGGUGUAUAGCAUAAGUGCAGCAUGUGGGAUCAGUACUGGAUUUGCUUCGGAUAUAUUAAUCUUUGCGUAUGUGUGCAGUAUUUUACACCAAGUAGUGUGUACUUUCUGAAGUUUUAGUGAGCAGAUUUUAUUUAUUUAGAUUGAAAUUAGUUCAAAAUACCGUAAGGCAAAAAAGCCUGUGAAAAGAGAUCUUUGAAAGAAAAAGUAAAUAUCUUCUUAAACAAGCUUUGUACUCACUGGAGUACAGUUUCAUUUUUAAGUCAGUAGAUGUGUUUUCUGUAUCUAAUCUUGGUUUUUUUAAUUGAUAUCAUCUGGUCAAUUUGAGUGAAGAUACUAUUCCCAUAAGAAAAAUAUUUUUUCUAAAUAUUAUUGUUGCCUAGGAUCUUGUUGAAUUCAUGAGAUACAGAAGCAAUCAAGUUGAUUUAAUAUUUUUAACAUUUUUAUAGUGUUUUCUCAUUGUUUCCAUGAAAGCAAUUUCAAUAAAUAUUUUAGCAUUUGCUUUUGGUUUCUUGAAAUUAGGUUACCUGUUGCUGGAAACUGCAGGUUCUUAAACAUGGGUUUCAGAUCAGCUUUGUCUUGGUUAGACAUUUGAAAUAAAAUCUAAAUACUUGAGCAAGCCCCAAAACAAGGGCUUACCUUUUCCCUCGAUGAGCUUCCAGGACUUAAUGUGUUUUGCCCAAAGAAUUCUGUAAGCUGUUGCUCACAGAAUAUAGUUACAGUCACAGGGCUUUGGUUCCACUUAGCCCAAUCACUUUCAUAUAUUCUUACAUAUAUAUUAUUUUUUACAUAUACCUUCAUAGAUACACAAGCGUAUGUAUGUACAUAUAUAUGUAUACACACAUACACGCUUCUCACACUGUAUGUCAAUAUGAACUUGCACACACCUGCAGUGUAUGAGAUCAUGCUAUUUGAAAUCUAAGACUUAUGAAAUUUUCAUCCAUAAACCAGAUCCUUACCCCAUAAUCCCAGUAGUGUUUUUUUCUUUGCAAUGUCCCAUUUUUCCAGUAGCUUCUGAAUGGGAUUCUGUGUGUCCUGGUGUCUGGAGACCCCUUGAGGAAUGUGGGGGCAGAGACUAGUUCUGGUGGCAGCGUCCUCCUGGAGCGGGAGGAACGGCGUGGGGCAGCCCAGUGCGGUGGAUGAGAAGACAAAUAAUGAGGGAUGUUUCAGGGAUUUCUGAUUGCUGCCACUUCAGUGUGGGUUGGAUCCUGUCUGUCAGCGGUGGGCAGUCUCUCAUGCUGCAUCCCAUGUACUGCUGGAUCUAGGUUGGGUACCAGGUUCAUAGUGAAAAACAAGCCCCCACACUUAAGUUUUCUACCACAUAUACUUUAAAGAUAAAUACCUCUUAUCAGGUGUUUGGCACCUUGGACCUUCUCAUCACUAUUUGCUUGGCUUUCCUCAUAAAAGUGGCACAGGAUGUUUUAAUUAUGUGUUUACAGGGUUGCUUGAGAGAAUUCCCUUAGUGAUGUGAGAGUUCAACAAAAAAUCUCAAUGUAAUGUUUUUUCCACUUGCACUUCUCAAAUGUUCCUUCAAAUGGAAGUGAAAAAAUUAUAAAAACCUUGUCUGUAGUUUAAGUUUCUGAGUGAUACAUUAUAGUGACUUUAUUCUAAGUAUUACACAGAUGGAUUGUAAAGGGGAAAAGUGUAAGUGUUUGUGGGAAUCUGUAAAAGUGUUAAAUAUUUUGUAGCUAGCCAACUUUGUUUAAGAGUUGUUUUCCAUAUGCAUCUCUACUUACUGCAACCAAUUUCUAUUCUGGAGUGGAAAAACGUGUUUUCAUCAGCAUACCAAGAGCACUGACAGUGAAGCCAGUUCACAGUUUCCAUCUGUCCCUUAACUUCAAGUUUUGAACUGCAAAUGAAAGAAAAACACAACAGGUACAGCUCUUUUAAAAAUAUCAGGGCCAUAUUUGGAUGAAAAGUAUACUGCAGAGAAAAGCACUUUCUCAACCCAAACCAUGGUAGAAUACCAUGAAUGGUUUAAUACCAUUCUUCAACUAACAGAACAGUAAGAUUUAGUUACCUGAAGAUUAACUUUCAGGAUGUGGAUGGGUCUGCGAAAACGCUGCUGUUCCUUAUUACAUACUCUGCUCUUCAUCGGCCACUAUUGCAACAGGCAGGCACAGAGGUGUGAUAAACGCCUGUUGUGAUUCCUUGUGCUGGUGCCAAAUUUUUGCACAGCCUCUCCUGGAGCUGCUGUUGGGCCAUGCAGCAAUUGUCUUGGUACGGUCAAAAGUAGAAAUUGUGGGUGCAUUUCUUUCAUUCUUAUAUAUGGGGCUAAAAAUAGUUCACCCAACUUAUCCUGAGUAAGCAUAGUACUUUAUAGUCAGAUUUCAGAAAAUCAAAUGUCUGCCUUAUAUGUUGUUUAGGAUGCUGUAUGCAGUGGAAGUGUUCUUGCAGUACUUGGAAGGUUUUGUCCCCUUUUUCCCUCUCUUGGGAGAAUGUCACUGCUUAAACCCAUCGCUGUAUGUAUGACAUGGGCCAGGUUCUGAUCCAGCAUGCACAUUUUUAAGGGUCAGAUUCUAAUCACUUUACUCGGAUUGAACCAAUCCAAUCUGCCUUUGCUAAAGUUAAUGGUGCUUUGAUUCAAUGCAGAAUUAAAAUCAGAUUUUCUUCCUCAGAUUGUGUAUUGUGUACUGCAAAUCAUUGUCAACACCAAAGACUUAUUUGUCUGCUUUUUUUCUAUUGAAAAGAGUCCUGAUGAUGAGUAUCACACUGAGAACCUUCAGGAUUUAGUCGUCAAGCUAAUGUCAGGACAAGAAGCGGUAGAGGUUGCUUCAUGGUAACUGGGCAGUGAAUCUUCAAGUUAAGCUGUCUUUGAAAAAUUUACCUCUAAAAUAAAAGCUAGAAAACAACCAAACCAGCUCAUAUCAUUGUAGAAGAAUAUGUUUAUAAAUAACUUAAUUAAUUUCCCACAGCACCCCAUAGCUCCUCCACUGCCCCAUAGACCCACAGCACCCCAUAGCUCCUCCACUCUGCCCCAUUAAAAAGAUAAUAUUUGGCCUUCUUUUAGUAAAAUGAGCUAUUUUGGUAAGCAAAUGGCAUCGCAUAUGUCCCACAAAAGAUAUGAUUUCUUAUGACCCCAAGACACAGACUGAUGGUUCUCUAGUUUCAGGUCUAAUACUCUGAAUUAUUAGGGCCGAAAGGCUUGCUUCAGUUCCUGGUGUGACCACAGGGUGGUUAUUGCAGAAAAAUGGCAAAAAUACUCUGCUUCAGCUAGUGGUGGUAGUAUGAGAUGAGAAUCCCUAAAAGCAUUUUCCAAACCCUGUGUAACCUUUUUCAUUGAAGUUUGUUAAAUUAAGUGCCUCUAUUUGAAAAUCACUUUCUAUUAAGUGGGGUAGUGCUGCCCAAUCUGUCUCAUUUAGUGUAUAGAGGAAAAGUCCAGAGUUCCAGACACCAGCGGUUAACGAAAAUGGGUCUAGAAUGUGUCUCAUGAGUGUAAGUGUACUGUCCAUCCCCCUACCCAGGAGAGGAUCAGCUAUAACCAAACCAUUUCCCAAGGGUGGUUGUUCUGACUGCUCUUUAAGACUUCAGCGGUGGGGACUGAAAUCUCUGGAAUGGUCUAGUUUGGAUUCUUAAUGAUGCUUUCCAUUAAAUAAGUCUUUCUAAUGUUUAACUUAAGAAGGUAGUAAUGGUGGGUAGGACUGCAAUCCAGGUUCUCCUUAUGCUUGCCAGGUAGAUUUACUAAAGAUCUACUUAGGGUCAGAUGGAGAACCUGUCAGGCAAUCAGUUCCCAAAUGCUGAACUCCCACAUACCACUACACAACUCCUGUGCCUUCACCCUUUUCCUUAAGCUGGGCCCUUGUCUGCUUCAGAAGGGCAGGGAUGAAAUUGAAAAGAAAGCGUGUCUGUCUUCACUUUGCUGGGUCGUCAGCCGUAACUGACAAGGGAGCCCUGUAGCUUUAUGUUGUAGUUUUGCCCCAAAUGCAUUCACAAAACAUGUUUUACUCCAUGGAUCCAAAAAUAUGUAAGACUUGAUUUCCAGAUGCUUGCAGAAGUAUGGGCUGUAGCGAGAGCAUAGUGCAUUUCUAUAUUGUAGUAAUAUUCUUACACAAGCUGUACAAGAAAAAUAAGAGCAGCAUGGCUUCUGAGCAAAUAUUGUUUCUAGUCACAUACGAUACUUUGCAGCUGAGCCUGGUAACACGCUGCUUAGCUGUUUUGCUAUGCAAGUGCAGAGAACGCUGUUAGCAAUAAAGCCACUGCUGGUUUCUCCUCCAAAACCUCCCUCCUUGCAGUGCAUUGGAAAUGACUGAACUUUGGCCCUCAAUCUGCUGACACCCUGAGGGAGUGUAAAUGUAAUGACGUCUUUGCUUGUUUCAGCUGCACAACAGGAAGCGCUCAUGGCCUCCCCUUCUUCCUGCUCUGAGAAAGUGCUGCCUUUUUUUUUUUUUUCUUUUUUUUUUUUUUUCCCUCCCUUCCCCUGCAGUCGAGCAGGCUCAGACCUAGUUCCAGGUUCGGGCUCGGCAGCCAGCCCCCAUAGCUCCUGCUUCCUGGCUGGGGCAGCCAGUCGCCUCCCUAUUGCUCUGCAGUGGUGGUGAUGCCAGAAAUAUGAGCGUUUCUAUUUUUUUCUUUCUCUUUCGCCCCCCGGAGAAGUGACCGAGAAGAGAAUACAGUUAUGUGGCCAUGGCUUGCUCCACAGAGCAUGUCACUGGAUACAGCUCAGCUGCAAAGACCAGGAUGGUCAGGUGAUGAUCUGCCUUGGGGAGACCACAUCACUUGCAUAAUAUAGAGGACACACUGUCAGGUGGGACCCUCUUCUGAUAUGUGAUCUACAGCCCGCUACUUUGAUUCGUACGAUGACAAUGUUAUCACUGCCACAUCUCUGGGAACCAGUUAUUCAUAAGUAUAAGGACUGUCUACUUAAGAAGCUGAGAGGGAGUUAGAAACUUUGAUGAAGCCUCUAUUCUGUGAGGUGGAAGAGAGACUCAGCAGCCAUAUUCGCUGGAGCAGUGAACCCAAUUGCCUUGACUGGAACUAUUACUCACUUGCACCUUUGACGGCAGCAGCCAGGAAAUUUGAAGAUAGUCAUGCCUAUUAGAUUCCUAGAAGAUGCAGAUAUCUGUGUCACUAUGGAAGAGAUGAAGAGAACUUUACUCUAGUAGAUCACAAACGUCUGUGGGUCAUUCUGCAUCUCAGUAUUUAAUAACAAUGGGAAAUGUCUAAAUGCUAUAACAAGUCUUUGCAAAUGUAUAACAAACUGUUUAGAAAAGUUCCUGCCAUGAACAGAACUGUAUGAUACUCACAAAAGUGUACAGACGCAAAUCUAAUGCCUAUUGACUACUGCGUGGAAAGUUCCAAAGAGAAAGAAAAGUCUGUGAACUUGCAACAGCCCUGCAAAAAUGGGAGCAACAAAACUUUAAAAAGCACAGCUUUGGACACACUCCAUGUGUCUGCACAGCUUUCAAGUGAACUAGCACUUAAGACCUUGUGUAACAAAAUGGACUCUGGGGACACAGCUAUAGGGCAAAAAGCUACCUCAAGGUCUGGAGAAACUGCUAAAGUACCAAGUAGAUGGAGGCAAGAACAUUCAGCUGUUAUUAAAAUGAGCACUUUCGGCAAUCAAGAAGUACAGAGGCAACCACAAAUAGAUCACGAGCAAAUUGGAAACACAGCAUCAGCACAACUUUUUAGUUCUGGGAAACUGGUAUCAUCAAAUGAAGCUGCACAGCAAGUCACGGAGAAGCAAUAUCCACAGCAACGUCCAAGUCCUUACUCAUGUCAACAUUCGCUUUCUUUCCCACAGCAUUCAUUGCCACAAGGCUUCUUGCACAACAUAAAGCCACAUCAGAGCUUGGAAGGUCCUCCGUGGCAGUUUCCUAGCCACUUGCAAUCAGUUGCCUCAGAGGACUUGUUUCCUUUCCAUAUGCACAGCCAUAGUGGAGGCUUCUCCAGGAAGAAGAUUUCAAGUUUGAACCCUGCAUACAGCCAAUAUUCACAGAAAUCUUUAGAACAAUCAGAAGAUGCUCACAAAAAGGAGCACAAACCCAAAAAGCCUGGCAAGUACAUUUGUCCUUACUGUAAUCGGGCUUGUGCCAAACCUAGUGUACUUAAAAAGCAUAUUAGAUCUCAUACUGGGGAGCGACCAUAUCCUUGUGUUCCUUGUGGUUUCUCCUUCAAGACGAAGAGCAACCUUUACAAGCACAGGAAGUCACAUGCCCAUGCAAUUAAAGCAGGAUUGGUACCUUUCACAGAGUCAGCAGUCUCUAAGUUGGACCUAGAUGCCAGCUACAUUGAUGUGGAAGCUGAAAUACAUUCAGACGGCGAGCAGAGUACAGACACUGAUGAGGAGACCUCACUCCUAGUGGAAGGUUCUGGCAAACUGAGCCCCGUCCCACAGCUGCCCCUGGACAUUGCUAGCAGGAGCAGUUUUCACUCCUCCAUGGAAGAGUCCUUGGUAGGGCCAAUGAAAGUGCCCAUUUUGAUCAUCCCUAAAAGUGGAAUUCAGUUACCCAGUGAGAGUUCACCAUAUAUUGGCUCUGAUAUGUUGCAAAACCCAUCCUUAAGUACUAAGUCUGAUGACUCACAUACAGUUAAACAGCGACUUGCACUAAGACUGUCAGAGAAAAAAGGGCAAGAUUCUGAGCAGUCGUUAAACCUCCUGAGCCCUCACAGUAAAGGAAGCACUGACUCGGGUUAUUUUUCCCGCUCAGAAAGUGCUGAGCAGCAGAUUAGCCCGCCAAAUACUAAUGCAAAGUCUUACGAAGAGAUCAUCUUUGGGAAGUUCUAUAGGAUUAAUCAAAGGACAGCACUAACAGUAGCCACAACAAAUCAGGAACACAGUUUAAUGGGUAGAAAGGGUAAAGCAGAACCAUUACCUCUUUUAAAUAACAGAUCAGAUAUCAAGAUGCUUGAGGAACAUAUUUCUCAGCUGACUCCAAAUAAAGAAGAACUCGUUGACUCCAGUAAUUUGAGCUCUAUUAAAUCUACACAAGUUUAUCCAGGCAGCAAUAUGGAAUCCAGACAAUCCCAGACCGCCACAUCGUCUGUCAAAAGUGAAUCCAGCCUAUAUCAAGUCAGUCAGCAGGGUGAUGUGUCCAUCCUUCUAGAGCCGCCAGUAGAUUCCUCUCCUCUUAUUAGAAGUAACUCCAUGCCAACCUCUUCUGCAAACAGCCUAAGUAUUCCCCCGUCUCUGAGGGGAAGCCAUUCAUUUGAUGAGAAGAUGACUGGCUCAGAUGAUGUAUUUUACCCUGGGACGGUAGGAAUAUCCCACCAAAGGAUGUUGAGAAGACAGGCUGCCUUUGAACUGCCCUCUGUGCAGGAGGGGCACUCAGAUUCAGACUGUCAUGGAAGACCAGGGAAAAAUAUAAUUAUGUCUUCCAGCAGACAGACAGUAGGUGACAAAGGACCAUCCUUAAAAGAGAAGAAAGGAGACAAGACCUUCUAUGACUAUGAUGCCAGUGGAAAGCACUACAAAAAAUGGGAAGAAUUUGAAGCACAGAAGCAGAACUACAGGGACUCGCCAUCCUUAGGUGGGAUGAACAAAGGGGGAGAGUACUUUAUUGAUCCACUUGGACAAUCUCAGGUGGUGCCGUCCAUGCUUGGAACAACGUUUGAAAACAGAAAGCGCAGGAAAGAGGAGAGUGUUGGAGAUGAGGAAGACAGUCCCAUGCUUUGCAGCAGUACAGCUGGCACCACUGGGGGAAUUCAGCCUUUGGACUUUGAUCCCAAAUCCCAAAUUCAAGAAGUGCCAAGGAGUGGAUUUGCCCUUCAAAGCCUGGACAAUGCUGCCCAUUGCCAUGCAGAGCGUUUUGAAAUCUGCCGGUCUUACUUGCAGUCUGGAAGCCCAGCAACUUCUCUGGAAGACUCUUUGACUGCAGAGCAAGAAAAGACUGCAGAAUCACUGACCAGAAAGCCCCCUGGAAAUGUCAUCUCUGUCAUUCAGCACACAAAUUCACUGAGCAGGCCAAACUCAUUUGAAAGGUCUGAAUCUACAGAACAUAUUGCGUACCAGCAGGAAAAGAUUUAUUCACCAUCUGAAACAUGCGAGAGCGAGAUUUGUGAGUCCCCAAUGAGCCCAGACCGAAUUCCACAAACAGAAAAUGCUGACACCAGUAAGGCAUCUCCAUCCCAGCAGCCUCAGCCGUAUCACAUGCAGCCCAGGUUGGUUCGCCAGCACAACAUACAGGUACCUGAAAUUCGUGUCACGGAGGAGCCAGAUAAGCCUGAGAAAGAUAAAGAAAUGCAGAGUAAAGAGCAGGAGAGACCCACCGAAGAAUUCCAGUGGCCCCAGAGAAGUGAAACCCUUUCUCAACUUCCAGCUGAAAAGCUACCACCUAAAAAGAAGCGUUUACGACUGGCUGACAUGGAGCACUCCUCUGGAGAAUCCAGCUUUGAGUCCACAGGUACAAGCCUCUCUCGUAGCCCUAGCCAAGAAAGUAAUUUGUCCCACAGUUCAAGUUUUUCAAUGUCCUUUGAAAGAGAAGAGAAUAUGAAGUUCAUCAUGCCUCCCAAACAAGAUGAGUUUGGAAAACAGUCUGAGUUUUUAACAGUUCCAGCUGGUGCUCAUUCACUUUCCGUCCCUGGGCAUCAUCAUCAGAGGGAAAUGAGACGCUGCUCAUCUGAACAGAUGCCCUGUCCUCAUGCUGCUGAAAUCCCAGAGAUCCGAAGUAAAUCCUUUGAUUACGGGAACCUGUCCCAUGCCUCUUCAGCUGGGACACCUACUACGGCACUGUCUCCAUCCCGAGAAAGGAAGAAGUGCUUCUUGGUUCGGCAGGCUUCCUUCAGUGGAUUUCCAGAGAUUUCCCAGACUGAUCAGAGCACAGAACAAAGCAUAAAGCAGGAGCAGAUGGAACAUGCACAGGCUGGUCUUCGCUCCUCCCAGCUUGCCUGGCAUCAUUCUUCUUCCUCUGUACUUCAGCCCAUUCAGGUAGAUGACUCUGGAAAACAGGCUAGCUCAACCCACCUUGCCCACCAACAGUCUUUUCUUGCAGACAACCCAGAAAUGUUAAGGACUCCCUUGAUCCAACAAGCACCUUAUAUUCCUAACAAACAUCCAUCAGAGCAGCAGCAGCUAUUUGCACAUCAGGAAAAAGUCCCGUUUCCCCCUAUUCACAGCACCUUGUUUCAGUUCCCAUAUCCAGCUGUCUGCAUGGUUCACUUACCACCCUCUCAGCAGCCUGCGUUGUGGCAGUCAUGCACAGAACCUCUACACUUCCAGCAUCAUUUUGUGCAACAGCUGCAGAAAUCUUAUGUCAAACAGCCUUUCCAAACAGACGUCCCUCCAAGUUAUCACCUGGAACAUGCACCAGAGCUUCUUGGAAAGAAACCAGCUGAUUACGUGCACACUAAAGAGCAAGCAUACCAGCAUUACUCAGGAACAUCUGGGCAGUAUUCAAAAAAUACUCUUGCUAAGUACCAGUCAGACCAUAGCAUUAAGCCAACAGAUGCCUCCUGUGAGCAGCAUCUUCAGACAGAUUUUGACUCCCCAAGUGAUGGAUCUGUACAGUCUUUGCCAGGAACUGUUGUUCCCGUCAGGAUUCAAACCCAUGUGCCAUCUUACGGUAGCGUCAUGUACACAAGCAUUUCCCAGAUCGUUGGGCAGGGCAACAGUCCCACAAUUGUAAUUUGUAAAGUUGAUGAGACUGUUUCUCAAAGAACAUUGGCAACUAGUGCAACCAUGCAAGGAAUUGGAUUUAACAUAGCUCAGAUGCUGGGUCAGCAUGGAGGGCUAGAAAAAUAUCCUUUGUGGAAAGUGCCGCAGACGCUACCACUCGGACUGGAGCCACCAAUUCCCCUGUGUUUGCCUUCCAGUUCUGACAUUGCUUCUACCUUGGGAGGGAGCAAACGAAUGCUUUCACCUGCCAGCAGCUUGGAGCUCUUCAUGGAGACCAAGCAGCAGAAACGAGUCAAGGAAGAAAAAAUGUAUGGGCAGAUAGUUGAGGAGCUAAGUGCAGUUGAGUUAACUAGCUCAGAUAUAAAGAAAGAUUUUCCAAGAAUGCAGAAGCCUCAACUAGUAAGGCAGAGCUGUACUACUGAGCCAAAAGAAAGUCUGCCGUCUGUGUCAUCCUGUUCACCACUGUCGUCCUCAUCAUCUCAAGAUUUCCCACCUGUCAGCAUGCCAACAGCUGAUACUUUCCCACUGAGCAGGGAGAAACUUUCCAGUUUUGACUCCACGUCACCAGGGCAGAAGUCCAGUGGCCCUUCUGAAGGAAGAGACUCCCCAGAAGAACUGGAUGUGGAUGAAACAGCCUCAGAUAUGAGCAUGAGUCCACAGAGGUCUUCAUUGCCACCUGGGGAAAUUCAGCCAGAAGACCAACUGAAACAUCAAAAAUUGCCUCUUGGGAUGUUAGUCCAGAUGUCGUCCAAUACCAGGGGAAAAGUCACAGGCUCAACCAUUCUCCUGACAGACGUAGCAGAUUUUCAGCAAAUCAUUCAGUUCCCAAGUCUGCGGACGACUACUACUGUGAGCUGGUGUUUCUUAAACUAUACAAAGCCCAAUUACAUUCAGCAACCAACCCUCAAAUCUUCUGUUUAUGCUUCAUGGUGCAUAAGUUCAUGUAACCCAAACCCAUCGGGGCUAAGUACGAAGACCACUUUAGCACUUUUAAGGUCCAAGCAAAAAACCACCACGGAAAUCUACACUCUGGCUGCUAUGCAUAGACCUGGAGCCGGUAAACUGACAUCAUCAAGUGCAUGGAAGCAGUUUGCUCAGAUGAAACACGAGCCAUUCUUCUUGUUUGGCAGCAAGCUUGAAAAGAAAGUAGUGGGGAAUAUUAUAAAAGAAAGAGUAAAAGGAGACAUUCAUGGAGAUAAAGACAUUACAUCCAAACAAACUGAGCCGAUACGAAUUAAAAUCUUUGAAGGAGGGUAUAAAUCAAAUGAGGAUUAUGUCUAUGUCAGAGGUCGUGGCCGAGGAAAGUACAUUUGUGAAGAAUGUGGAAUUCGCUGCAAAAAGCCAAGCAUGCUCAAAAAACAUAUCCGCACUCAUACUGAUGUCCGGCCUUAUGUAUGCAAGUUGUGCAAUUUUGCCUUCAAAACUAAAGGAAAUCUGACAAAACAUAUGAAGUCUAAAGCACACAUGAAAAAAUGCCUGGAGCUUGGGGUAUCAAUGACAUCUGUAGAUGACGCUGAAACUGAGGAAGCAGAAAACAUGGAGGACAUGCAGCAAGAGACCGAGAAGAGUAGCAACCUGGCAGGCCUGUCAGCAGAGCACCAGUUUUCUGACGCGGAGGAGUCAGAUGGCGAGGAUGGCGAUGACAAUGAGGAUGACGAUGAAGACGAGGAUGAUUUCGAUGAUACUCAGGGAGACUCAACACCAAAAACCAGGUCAAGAAGCACCAGCCCGCAGCCUCCUCGGUUCUCCUCCCUGUCGGUGAACUCGGCUGGGGCGUCGCAGGGGGCUUCCCCUGAGGGCUCCCUUUCCGUGGGACACUCCUCCCUCAUCAGUUACUUGGUCACCUUACCUAGCAUUCAGGUUACUCAGCUUAUAACACCGAGCGACUCCUGUGAAGACUCACAGAUGACAGAAUAUCAGAGGUUUUUCCAGAGCAAAAGUACUGAUUCAGAGCCCGAUAAAGACAGGUUGGACAUACCUAGCUGCAUGGAUGAGGAUUACGUGCUUUCGUUAGACCCCACUUCAUCUCCGAGGGACCUCUCACCUUCCAGUCGACAGUCGUCACCCAGCUAUGAUUCUUCACCCUAUAGAGAUAACUCACCAAAGAGGUAUUUAAUGCCAAAAGGGGAAUUGUCACCCAGAAGGCAUCUGUCACCCCGAAGAGAUAUUUCACCCAUGAGGCACCUUUCCCCACGGAAGGAGGCUGUGCUGAGGAGAGAGUUAUCGCCAAGACGAGAUGUGUCACCAAGACGUCACCUAUCACCGAGGAGACCAAUGUCACCAGGAAAAGAUGCGUCUGUUCGAAGAGAUUUGUCUCCUAGGCGAGAGAGGAGAUACAUGGCCCCUGUUAGAGCGGCGUCUCCCCGGAGGGGCUUAUACCAUAAUCCAGCGUUGUCCAUGGGUCAAUAUUUACAGUCUGAAUCUAUUCCAGUGGGGCAUUCAAGAAGGGGCUUGUCUCAGGGGCCUUACUUCAAUGUAUAUGGAGAAAAAGGAGGUAUGGAGCACCAUGGGUCUAGCCCGUUCCCCGAAGGUCCGAGUGACUACAUCUUCAGUCAUCUUCCACUACACUCCCAGCAGCAGAUCCGAGCACCCAUCCCCAUGAUGCCUAUUGGGGGUAUCCAGAUGGUCCAUUCAGUACCGGCAGCCCUUUCAGGUUUAUGUCCUCCGUCCGCUCUGGCCCUGCAGAGGGAGGGCUCUGAGGAGAAGCAAAGAGGAACUGUGGAAAUCCUUACAAAAGAAUCAUAUAGUGUUUCUAAGCACCAUGAGAAACGUAGCUCUCCACACAGCAUGCACCCUGCCGCUCCCUCCAGCGUGCCGUCCUCCCCGUUGCUGUUGCUGACGCAGAGCACGUCGGAGGACAGUGUUGUAGCUACCGAGAGGGAGCAGGAGGAGAACAUACAGACUUGUACAAAAGCCAUAGCCUCUCUGCGAAUCGCCACAGAAGAAGCCGCUCUGCACGGGGCGGAGCAGCUGCAGAGGCCUUCUGAGCCUCACCAGAAACCUUUAGAAAGUGCACAUUUUAGCAUUAAACACUUUAGUGGAUCUGAGGCGGGCCAGAGCUGUGCCUCAACCACCCAUCCUGACUUGCACGGUGGUGAACAGGACAGUUUUGGUACAUCACAAACUGCAUUAGCUCAUCCCACCUUUUACACCAAGAGCUUUGUGGACGUCCGGCAGUUGGGCUUUCAGAGCAGGAGCGACCCCCCAUCAAGCACACAGGAAAGAAAAGAUCCGUCAUCUGAGAAGAGCAAGCCACAUUGAUCUGAGAUGCAUGGAGACUUUCACCUAUACAUUUAUCCCACUUUUUUUUUUUUGUAUUCUAGAGAUAGGAGAAGUAUUCAACUUUACAGCAUGCCUGUUCUAAGUUACAGUAGUUUGCUAUUAUAUAUACUUUUGUUAUAUCAAAAGAAUUAGAUAAAAUAACAAGUCAUCAUGAGCCUGACCAAAUCUAAAUUUGAAAUUCUUAUUGGGUCUGGUACUUUUAAAUUGUACAGAUGUUUGUGCCUUUUCUUUACUUUGCUUAUAUUCUUAUAAGCAUUUUUUUAGCAGUAAUUUGUACAUAUUUUAGAAUUUGUGUAUCUGCUUUGUAAUAAAUGUAAUUUCUUUCCUUUUUUGGACACUUGGAUCUAAAUGAUGUAAAGCAAAACAGCAUCAAUAUAUGUGAGGUUGCACUAAAACAUAUUUUUAUAUGAUUAAAACUGAACAGCUUUUAUGUACAGCUCUGAUUCUGUAAUACUAAUAUUUAUUUACUUUGUUUCAUAAAUUGUAAAUUUUUUUCUUAAUGUUGUGGAUUGCUUUUCUAUGUGAAGCAUGGGAUUUACUGUUGCGUAAUUAGAACAAAAUGUAUAUUGUAAAACAAGAUAUUUAAACUAGAGUAUCUUAUCUUAUUCUGCACUUAUGCAUUAGUAAAAAAAAAAAAAAAGGUAAAGGAUGUAUCAGUCAGUUCUUAACUCUUGUAAUUUUUUUUGGUCUCGUUUGCCAGAUUGACUAUAACUUAAGUGCUGAUUGUGAUUUUAAACUGAUAGUGCCGUAAAGCAUUAAAGUAAAACAAUGUGCUAUUGUGAGUUUUUUCAAAGCUUUAUAAAACAGUUAUAAAUAUAUUAAAAGUAUUUGGUCUUACGUGAACAUGUUGAUCUAGAUACUCCUUUACAAAGCUAUGGGAAGACAUUCCACCCCAGGUAAAUACGUGCAAGUGCACGGCUGGUGCAUCGGUGCAGCCCCCCGGGCAGGCGCGGAGUGCGGCGCUGCCGGGCGGGGCGGGGACAGCGCGGGCGGCCCGGGGCCGGAGCUGGAGCCCGGCUGGAGGGCGACCCGCUCCGUGUCCCGGCAGCGGCCGCUCGGGGCUGGGCAAGCAGUGCCCCCCGACAGUGCUCGCCAAGGGCUGACCGCCGGGCCGAGGUGUCAAGCGGAGGUGCCCUGGAGUGUCAGAGAGGGGCUUGGAAGGGGGGAAAUAAAAGGCGUUUCCUUGCCCUUGAACAGCACGGCUGGGCGCUCCCCACUGCGGUGCUCGGGUCAGCGUCAGGAGAGGCCCCGUCCCGUCCGAUCCCGUCCCGUCCCGUCCCGUCCCGUCUCGUCCAGUCCGGCGGCCGGAGGAACGCGGCCCUGCUGGCCCCCUCGGCCUCCAAGGAGCGGGAUCGACGGGCAGGAAAGUCCCAGUCUUCCAGAACAGGGUCUCCAUCCGGGUGAGGUUUGCUCCAGAGGGAAGUCAGGAGAUGCCCGGGCUUGUGUUUGUACACGCGUGGUGGGUUCCUGCUACCAGCAGCAUGCGAGCGUGCACAUGUGCGCACACACACAAUCAACACACACACAACACACACACAGAGGUGAAAGAUACCGACGACCUGGAUUAUAUUUUGUGCUAUUUAGUGGAUUAUAAAUCUGUGAAACCAAGUUUGUAUAUUGACUUACAUUUAAAGAGUGUUCUUUAAAAAGAAAUAAAUAUAAACUUAUAUGCAUGA